AUGGAGGCUGCAGAGAGUUUGAUUGGACACCUCAUAUCGCUUAAAGAGGAAGUUAGCAGAGCCUCAAAGUCCAGACUGUCGGAUGGGAACCAGAUUCCAGUUAUAGAUGAGACCAACAUACAACCCAUGGCUACCGGACCUGAGCAGAACUUACACAGUCAUCAAGUGGAACCCAAGACACAUUCCACUCAGCAAACAAGUGAGGGUGCUGGGGAAGCAACGCAGAAAAGCAACAAUGACAAAAGCAUGCGAGACAGAGAUAGGCAGUGCUCUGUGUAUGGAAUCAGUAGCCAAGAACAUGAACAUAAAGAUCAAGGUGAUGAGCAUGGAGAUUCUGCUAUCAGCACUGGGCAGCUAACCAGAGAAGUUUCAUGGGAAAUGCACCCAGAGUGCUCCAGAGGAUGCAGUAACGCAAGGCGUCUAGAGUCCAAUGGAGAGCUACAUAUGGGAGGAGCGGUGAAGUCGUAUUCACAGUUGCACUGUGGGACAGAAGAGAGACCCAAGAUCCAUGACUGUAAGGAGAGAGAAGAGCCAGGUUUCAAGAGAACAGAGAGCAGUGAGAUCGCUACACAAGGAGAAGAUGAUAGAGCCAAGAAAGGAAAACUCACUGAUCAGAGAACAUUAAAAAAUGAAGGUGAUAGCUCUAUAAAGAGGGAGCAAGCAACCAAUAUUCUUUCUAAAGAAAUGGAUACAGAAAAGGCAGAAAAUCACCAGCUUAUCCUUACACAUAGUGAGGAGUCCAAAGUAGAUAGUUCUGUAGCCCAACGACUAGGAGGAGAAGAUGGUGCUGCACCCACAAAACAGGUGGAUGAUUCUUCUGAAGAAGGUUCAGUUGAACAGGGUUGCACUGACAAACUGGCCAUUACAUUUUUGGAGGCAGCUGAAAAUCUGAUUGGUGGUCUGAUCCCUGGAACAGAGGAAGGACUGACCACAGUUAGAAAAGUGGUAGUGAUUGUGACUGACAGUUCUGUGGAGGAAGAUCACCUGCUGAUCCAUGAUGAAGAGUUAUCUAAUGAAAGUGUCAUGGUCACUACCCAAGAGGGGUCCUCAGCAGGGGAUUCUCAGAGCUCCCUUGUGCCUAAAGAUGAUGAGGGAAGAGAAGACACCAGUGAGGCAGAAGGUAGCCAUGAACAGGAUUUGAAGCUACACAAGGGUUGUGUACUGAGCGGAAAUCAUGCUGACAUCUGGGAGGAGGUUCUGAGCCAGAAGCAUGUAGACAUAAUGUCCAGUGUAAGCGAAACAAGUGAAGUGACUAAGACUCACAUGAGAGGCAAAGACAAUGUGAACUGUGGCUUGUGUGAAUUUGAGGGUCCAGUGGAGCAAUCACAAAGAAAAACACAGUGCAAAGAUGGACAUGGAUGUAGAGAAUUUGAUAUCCAGUUAACAGGGAAUGUAGAAAUGAAUGCUGACAUGAACCUACAGGAGUGCAUGGAAGGGAAAGCUAUGGGAGGCAAAAAUUGUAUUUACAAAGAGGGACAUGAAAACAAUGGCACAGUGAAAGGAGAAAGGGAGAAAAUUGAGGAGCUGAAGAGAGAUGAGAGUGGUCAUAAUGAGAAACCACCUGAUCAAGAAAUAGAGAAAAGAGGAAUAGGAGAAAGCAAUAACCUGGAAAAUGAGAUCACUUCAGGGGAACAUGCCCCUACAAACCAGGGAUAUGAGGGAGGAGACCAAACCACACAUAUGGUAGAGAGAAGUGAAAGAGGAGAUCCACUAGCACAAGCAGAGGGAGGGAAACAUGAUGGAGACUUCCUGUCUCAGAAGUUUGCUGGGGAUGGAAACUUCAUUAGGUCGAAAGAACAGGAGACACAGAGGGAGUUGGAGAUGAUGGUAACCUAG